ACUUACAGAAUAUUUGUCUUACUCACACAAAGAAAUGUUCAUACCUGCCUAACCAGGAUCUUCUGCGCUCCCUUUUUGUGAGAAGUAUCUUGUUGUCUGCCUACAAAUACUCACUGUGGAAACUGACUUUUCAUCAUAUCCUGUCAAGAUUGAAGGGUUUUGUCAAGAACAAAAGCUGAAAUACCAACUUUUUUCAGUUGCCGGACAAGAAGUUGGUCCUCUGGAAAAGUCGUGUGCUCAGGAGGACGUCCUUAUGGAAGGAAAAGCGAAUCAUCAGGCAUCUGUUGGCCUCUUCCCACUGCAAGGCAGAGACAAGGAAAUUAGUUCAACCGAGGCUGGUGACCAUGCUGUGGCUUUGAAGGUUACAGAGCCUGCAGACGGUUCCAGUGCAGUGGGUCAUCAUCGAGUGCGAAAAAAGGAGAGAAAAAGCAUUAAUAAGCAAAAACAUUGGCUAAAAAUAUAUAUCCAGUUUCYAUCCAUCCAUCCAUUUAAUUACAUCCCUACACAGCUAGGUCCUUCAUUGGCAGUAAAACCCUUUAAUAUAAUGGUUUCAUAUCUAAUUUUCCAAAAUUAUGUACCAAAAAAAUAUUUUCAGACACUUAAAAGUUGUACAUGCGCCAUAUUUGAUUUACCAUUACCACCACCACAGAUAAUCAGUGAGGAGCAACGGGAUCCAAAAAUCUAUAUAAUAUUUAGAAAAGAUCAGCAAGGAAAAGUUCAUUUGAUGAAGGACAAUGUUAAAAAACAAAAAGUCCUACAGAAAUGUUAUGAGAUUAAAGAUGUGAUAGACGUCCUACACAUAAUCCGUCACUUGGCAGAAGAUGACAGUUCUAGACAGAAUGAUUUAUACAUUUUAAUCUGUGACUGGAUGUUUCUGGUCAAACAUGACAGUUUAUAUGUUCAUCCAAUUGGAAAACGGCUUAAACACGAAGAAAGUAGUUUAAAAUUACAGGAAAAAAUUAAACUUUUGAUUACUGAACAUAAUAAAAAGGGUAAAGAAAGGUAUGAGAACAUUAGAAAUUGUAUUAAAGAGAAAGAAAACUUUUGGAAUCAUGUGAAAAACAUUUGUCUGGGUCAAUGUCCAUCACAAUCCUUUAAUUUGUUUUAUAAAAUACAUUCGCCUUGUUCAAAACAAUCAAAAUCAAGAAAUGCCAGCUUUAUACAAUUAAAUAUAAAACAUGUUUCAAGUAGAGACCAAAGUCCUUCAAAGUCAGACAAACCCCUUGAUGAAACAGGUUUACAUUUUCAGAAACUUAAAAGUUAUACACGCAAGAUAUUUAAUUCAUCAUUACCACCACCACAGAAAAUCAGUGAGGAGCAACGGGAUCCAGAAAACUAUAUAAUAUUUAGAAAAGAUCAGCAAGAAAACGUUCAUUUGAUGAAGGACAAUGUUGAAAAACAAGAAGUCCUACAGAAAUGUGAUGAGAUUAAAAAUGUGAAAGACGUCUUUCACAAAAUCAGUCACUUGGCAGAAGAUGACAGUUCUAGACAGAAUGAUUUAUACAUUUCAAUCUGUGACUGGAUGUUUCUGGUCAAACAUGACAGUUUAUAUGUUCAUCCAAUUGGAAAACGGCUUAAAGACGAAGAAAGUAGUUUAAAUUUUCAGGAAAAAAUUAAACUUUUGAUUACUGAACAUAAUAAAAAGGGUAAAGAAAGGUAUGAGAACAUUAGAAAUUGUAUUAAAGAGAAAGAAAAGUUUUGCAGUUAUGUGAAAAACAUUUUUCUGGGUGAACCCUUAAAUCUAGACUACAUGUCUGAGAUGUUUGUUGUCUGGUAUUUUGCAGCUUCCGUCAUCGCUGAAUCAGUCAGAAAUUUCCGUACUUUUCCUUUGGCCCUCAUGGCUGUGAGCAUGGAGGACAAUAGGUUCUGGUUUGAUCCAGAAUUUAUUACUAUGGCCACUGGGGGCACCUGGUUGAACAAGCCGGCGAGGGGCCACAGAGGCGCAGAGGAAAGUAACUGUAAGAAAUUUGUUGCGCUGCAGGAGAGAGAAUGCAGAACAGUUUGUGAGUUUAUGAAGAAAUGUGCUAUGGACACCUCCAUACGUAGAUUAUUCAAUAAGAUUGUUAAGCGUUUUAUCAGAAAGGAACAACAGGAGGAAUUUCCUAUAGAUUAAUUUAUUCCAUAUUGCGUAGUAAUACUGAGCAGGGCCAUGAAGUGUGUGGUGGUGAGGCAGAACGCAUGAUAAGUAGAAGCUAGUCAUAAAAUUAAAUAUUUUAAACUUAUAAUAAUAAAAUUAUUGUAUUUAAUUAAAUAAAUUAAGACUA